AGCUCAUCUCGCUCUCUUUAGACCUAUACAUUCCUUGCUUCCCUGUCAGACCCACUCACUCACUUCACCACGCUCACUUCCGAUCUCACUCUCACCAUCACCACCACGAUACUCACCUCAUUCACGCACACCCCAGCCUACCGACAAGAUGGUACUCAUCGCCGUCAUGAAGGACGGCCGAUUUGUGCCUGUAAAGGAGCAUCCUACUGACCCGAGCAAGCUCAUUCGUCUCGAUUUGAACCGUGAUGGAGAUGACGAUAGCCAUGAUGAUGAGGACGACGAUGACGAUGACGAUGAUGACAAUGACAAUGGCGGUGACGGUGGCGGUGGCGAUGGGGAUGCUGGUGGUGGAGCAGGAGGGAGCAGUGGUGGUGGUGGUGGUGGUGGAGCAGACGUCAAGAGAGAUGAUGAAGACCAGGGCAAGACUUUUGGUCCCUAUGACCCAGCUAACGGACCCACGCAAUUCAACAUCCACGAUCUCGACCAUGUCGAUGAAGACAAGAUGAAAGCCGAUGCCUUCAAGGUCAAAGAAGGUGGGCCUGUCACUACCAAGCAGAUCGGUCACGCCGCUGCCGUUGCAGCCAUUAGAAGCAGUGUCGACGGCAGCACUUCUCACGACUACACCAUCGCAACCGCCGUAAGAAAUGCCGCUGCAUUGUUCCAUCAGAAAGAAGCCAAGGGUGAAAUCACAGGUGGUGGAGAGGUUCAGGCGGCGAUCAAUGUUGCGGCUACGGCUAUUACGGGAAUACAGCUUAGGUAUGAGGAAGACGAUUUCGAGGGAUUGACUAUGGGCAUGUUUGACCUGGCGGCAAAGUUCAUGGGACUGACUGCGUAGAGGCCGAUCAGACGGAGGUAGAUGAAGUCUCCAGGAGGGAGGUAGUAGCGAAAGAGCUCAGCUCGAUCCAAGAUUCAAGUAGAGACCGACGACAUGGAGAUGAUACCCCAGAACAGUUCCAAUGGCAAUGUGGGUGUACCCCCUCUAAGUCCAUGUAGAGACCGACGACACAAACCAACAAAUGAGCAUCCAUUCAUAUUACG